AUGAACUAUCUUCGUGGGGCAGUCAGCGCAAUCAGUGCCCCGUAUCAGUACUACAAGGACCUUCCCCCAAUCAAUCCGUCCACCCUCACCGGCGCCAUAGAUGUUAUUGUGGUUAAACGCCCAGCACCUGACGGAGGGGAGGAACUGGCUUGCUCGCCGUUCCAUGUGCGCUUUGGCAAAUGGCAAGUUCUACGACCAGCAGAGAAGAAGGUGAAUGUCUCUGUCAAUGGUCGACAGAUACCAUAUUACAUGAAAAUUGGGGACGCAGGCGAGGCAUUCUUUGUCUUUGAGACGGAAAGUGAUGUCCCUGAUGACCUUAUAACGUCCCCAUUGCUGGAGGCAACGAAGCCAGGGGAGACAAAUGCCGCCGCGGUGAAGGCGGGACGAUUCGGGGCGAAAGAGAGGGAAGGAGAAGAAUCAAGUGCUGACGAAGAGUCAGGGAAACGGGAGAUGCAGGAGCCCGAGCCACUGGACCUCGAUGCUCAACCUUCAUCACAAGAGCUCUCGUCCGAAGGCCUCGACGCUCCCUCAGACUCGCCUGCAGAGUUAAAAUCACCUGCCAGCCCCUCCUCUCUGCUUGCUUUCCCCAAGGCGGUCGUGAAGGCUGUUGUUGAGACUGAGCGCGACAAUAGACAGAAGGUCAAGGACAGGGCUCUUGCCGCACACAAUGCUGUGAAGGAUGGUGGGAUACGACGUCUGAGCGGGGAACUAUGUGCUACGGGCGACAAAGGAGACGAGGUGUUACCGCAGAUUAGAGAGCGGGAUAUCGAACCCGUCAAUGUGGUCUAUACCAACGACAUGGUAAUCGAUGCUUCUGGGUAUGGCUCGCAUAGCAAAGAUCGGUCAGAUAGCACCGUCACUGGUUCGUCAUCCAAAGAUACUACCAGAGCACCUAGCCCAGAAUCCCUGCAGGACCGCGAUGCUAAUGACGAAAGCUCACAAGCCGUACCGUUUCCUACCAUGCGGGUCACCUCCGAACCCCCGCCGGAACACGAGUCCGACUACGUUUCUUCGAGUCGACAUCCUUUGCAGCCCAUCCAAACUGCUAGUACGGCCGGCCCAAGCUCGAGUAAGCUCGCGGUGCCCACGGAGGAAUAUUCAUGGGAAUGGGGUGCAUUCCCUCAGAAGUCUCCCGUGAAGCCAAACUUCUCGAGGACUGUGUUUCCGGUGGCAGAUCAUGUAAGAUCUGCGUCGAAGGGCAAAGCACAAGAAUUCUUUUCCGAAGUCGACGAAGGUUUCUCGGAGUUGGAGUCGGUAUCGAAGGCGAGUUUAGACAUGAAUCGAAGUGUCAGCGUACCGCCCGACGUCGGAGGAAAUCUACCGAUCACGCGGAAAGGUCUCGAGGAGCAGAAGCAAAGCAGAGAAGACACCGCGUUCGGCUCAGGGGCCCGGUUACGGCCUUCCAGCAGAGAUCCUUACUUGUUCCAAGUGGAUAUCUUCGGGGGACAGCAGAUUGAUUUCGAGCUGAGUCUUGUGGACGACGAUGAUAGCGGUGUAUGGCAAGGGGAAGAGCUGGAAGCUGCGCGCAGGUUCGAUGGGGGGAGGGUCACGUUCGACGCUUUUCUGGAAGAUGAAUCUAUUGUACGAGACGAUAGACUAGUCAUUAGAUGGGCAGGUGAUAAGUACAUCACACGACAAGACGGGUCUCCACUCAUGGACGCCCUUGUUCUAUGGCGGGAAUCUGCACUCCAGGAUAAAUCAGGAUCGACUACUCCAACGAACGAUCGGAGGCGGCCUCUGCCUGUUCUCGAGGAAAGGGGCGUUGCGAUGCUUGAAGAGACGCCUCAACAAAGGACUUCUUCCUGGAUCAGCUGGUGGAAUAGGACGCGGACGACCAGUGGGAUCAAGCAGGAAAUCGGCGGAAAGGGAGGUAGGCCAAAUCUUCGAGAGAUUAACUCAGUGCCGGUCCAUACUGAAACGGUGAAGAAACCCAAGCGGGAUAGAAGUCUAGAGCCGGAACUUCUGUCCGCUGAAUCCGACGCGCACUCCAUCUCGGUGCCUACAUCCCCGCCACUCGGCUCGGAUAUUCUCGACUCAGGCCCCCCAGAAAAGCGCACAGAUGAAGGCACGCAGACUUCUAGCAAGAGAUAUGCGAAGACGUUAAGGCUGAGCUCUGACCAACUUAAAGAACUAGACUUGAAACCAGGGUCUAAUACGAUCACGUUUUCCCUGUCCGCGACAGGAGUUGCAGCUUGUACUGCCAAGAUCUUUGUCUGGGAUUACACUGAUCUUGUUGUAAUAUCUGAUAUUGAUGGAACUAUCACAAAGUCGGAUGCCCUUGGACACGUCUUCACAAUGAUCGGACGUGACUGGACCCACAUGGGAGUAGCGAAGCUUUACACCGAUAUUUGCCGGAAUGGGUACAAGAUCAUGUAUCUGACGUCCCGAGCGAUCGGGCAAGCGGACACGACCAGAUACUACCUGAAGAGUAUCAAACAGAACGACUACCAGUUGCCGGAGGGCCCUGUUAUCAUGAGCCCCGACCGCCUGUUCACCUCUUUACAUCGGGAGGUAAUCAUGCGCAAGCCUGAAGUCUUCAAAAUGGCAUGUCUUCGGGAUAUUCAGCGGCUGUUCGGAGGGCGAAAUCCGUUCUACGCCGGCUUCGGAAAUCGGAUUACAGAUGCACUCUCUUACAGGAGCGUGAAUGUUCCCAGUUCAAAGAUUUUCACAAUUGAUUCGAACGGAGAAGUGAAGAUGGAGCUUCUGGAGCUCGCGGGCUACAAAUCUUCAUAUAUACAUAUGACUGAUCUGGUGGACCAGAUGUUCCCCCCUAUCCAUAAGAGCUGGGCCCCCGAGUUCACUGACUUCAAUUAUUGGAAGGCGCCAAUGCAAGAAUUCCCUCUCCCUGACUUGACACCGCCAUCACCUGCACUGAGUGCCCGCUCAGACACCUCCAACCAAAGUACUCUUGCUCGCUUGAGGAACUUUAGUCUGGUCGGGAGUCGCCAAAAUAACAUGAAGAACUUCACCCUCCCUCCACCCACGACGGAUGCCUCGAAACAGGAUGCAGCGCCCGAGAGGAGCGCUACUCUUCGGCAGAUGUCGUCCUUCGAGAGGCUCACCAGCGCCCUUGGUGGGUUUACCCGAUCGUCUUCGCCAGGACCCGAAAGUCGAAGUCAAAGCCCGGUCUCGCAAUCCUCCACAUAUCUGGAUUCGGGUUCGGAAGACGAGGACGAUGACCUAGAGAAGCAAAGGGUUCGACGGAGAAGAGAGCGCACGAGGAGUAUGGAGAGCAUGCCCGGAUCCCUGCCUGGAUCCGUCGACGAGGACAUACAUUUUGGAUCCGAUGAUGAGGAGCAUGACGAGGACCAUGGCUCCAACAGAGGUGACAAUGGGGACGAAGCGAACGAAGCGACCUUCGAUGAAGACCUGCUUGCGACGGGAGAGAUGGAGAGCGUGCCUUUCUUGUAGACGCAUUGGACAUUGCAUACAGCAUUACUCGCAUACUCAUACCUAC